UGGGAGACGGAGCUGCAAAGAUUCGAUCACUGGCUCGAAGUUCACGCCGAAGCGCGUCGCUCACGAUCAGUAUCGCUUAAUUUGUUCGCCAACCGUGCAAGUGAAAGCGCCGGAUCCAACACCGGAACAACCCUCUUUGCGAACUCGACGUUUUUGGCGCUGCAGGGCUUUUCGCAAGACCCGGAAAAGUGAUAGCUCUCGAACAUGACGGUGGAGAAUAUGAACGUCGAACAAUGUCACUCGCCGCCGCCGGAACUCGGGAAAAGGGAACGAUUCAGAAUCUUUUUACGGAAUUCCGAGACCGGCCAGUUCAUGGGACGUACUGGCGCCAGUUGGGCGAAGAUUUUGCUCUGCUGCGCAGUCCUGUGCGGAUUCUUCGGAGCAUCGUUGGCCACGGUGUUCUACCAAACGGAAAACUCGAAUCCUGGACUUGGCAUUGAGCCGAUGACAACAGACAGCGACUUGAUUUAUUACAAGGCUAGUGACGUGCAGAGCUAUCUUCAUUGGACCAAACAACUGGAUGCUUUCCUUUCCCAUUACGGGCAGACAUCGAUGACACAUGGCGUUGCUGACACGAGAGUGCUUUGCGAUUACGACAAUCCUCCACUACCAGGAAAAGUCUGCCUCCCAGACGUCGAGUUGUGGCAACCCUGCAGUCAACACAAUAGUUACAAUUAUCAGAAAUCAGCACCAUGCAUUUUCCUCAAGUUGAACAAGAUCUUCGGAUGGAUGCCGCAAAUCUACAACGACACGAGCAAACUGCCAAGCAACAUGCCGGCCGAUCUGAAAUCUCACAUUACAAACGUGCAGUCGCAGAACCGGAAGACGGUCAACACUCUCUGGGUAUCGUGCGAGGGAAAGAGUCCUGUGGAUGUUGAAAACAUCGGGCCAAUCCAGUAUAUCCCACAGCGAGGAUUCCCCGGGUAUUAUUUCCCCUUCACCAACACCACAGGCUACCUGAGCCCGCUGGUUGCCGUGCUGUUUGAGAGACCAAUGCGCGGUAUCCUGAUCAACAUCGAGUGCAAGCUGUGGGCUCAAAACAUCCAUCACGAUAGAUUUGGAACGGUGAACUUCGAGCUGAUGGUGGAUUAGGCUCCGAAUUAAUCAAUAAUCAAAAUCCUCAAGCUCUCGAUCGCCGGGCAAGCGUUCCGCCAUGUUUACAUUUAUCCACGUGUAAUUUUCUAUCACGUAGGUACCCGAUAAUAAUAAUCAAAAAAUUCCAAAACGUCGGGUUUUUUUUUGAACUCGUGUUUGUAGUUUCAUCCAGAGUGAUACUCCCGUUUAAUUGGAAAUCUGGUAUCCUAUUCUUGGUUGUAAAAAUUCUAUGCAAAAGUGAUUUCUUACUUCCAUUUAAUGAGGUUUAGAAUGAGACUCAAGAAUAAAUACAAACAGGGAAACAGAAAUUGGAAAGUGAAAAGGUGUUCGAAGAAGUAUAGAAGAGAAGAAGAAAAGGUUUCAUAGGCAAAAGGAAUGAACACGGAAUGUUGAGUACAUUUCACGAAGAAACUUUUCACUCCAUUUUAUAAGAAACAUUGUUCAAUUCAUUCUUAUGAAAUGGUGGUAUUUUCAUUAUUUAUGCUUUUUUAUGGAAACAACUUGUAUUUUGCAAAAAUACUUCACGUGAUAGAGGGAAAUGGAAGUCAUUUUUGGAUUC